AUGAUAUCACAAUCUCCACCAUUUAAUAAUUUUAAUAUUACAAAAAAUAAUAAUAUUAAUAAUUUUAAUAUUACAAAUAAUAAUAAUAUAAAUAAUAAAUGUGUAUAUCAUACAAAUAAUGAUAUUACAUUUUUAUGCUCAGAUUGUAAAUUAAUUCCAUGUUGUAAUAGUUGUAUUUCUCAAAAUAAUUUUCAUCGUGGUCAUAAAAUUGAUUUAAUUGAUGAUUCAACCAUUUGUUCAUUAAUUAAUAAUUUUAAAGAAGAAAUUUAUCCAAAUAUUUUAAAAUUAUUAAAAAAUGAUGAAAUCACAAACAAUGAAUCAAUUGAAAAAUUUGAAAAAAUUAAAAUUGAAUAUCAAGAUAAUAUUGAAACCAUUUCAAAUCAUUUCAAUAACAUUCAUCAAAUAAUAUCAUUAAUUGAAAAUGAAAUAAAAAAUAAUUUAUCAAUUACUUUUAAUAAUAAUGUGAAUUUGAAUUCAAAUAUUUCAAAUUUAAUUAAUAAUAAUAAUGAAUCAUUAAAAUCAAUAAUUAAUAAUAACAAAACAAUUGAAAGAAUUAAUAAUUUCAAUGUUGAUUGUGAUGAUGAAAAUCAAACAUUAGAAUUAAUUAAACAUUAUCAACAAUCAUUAAAAUUAUUAAAUAAUAAUAAUUGUAAUAAUAAUAUUAAUAAACAAUUAAUUGAAUAUAAAAAUCAUUUUUUAUCUUGUAAUAAAAAUAAAUUAGAAAAAUUUCAAUUAUAUAUUGAAUCAAUUUUUUCAAUUAAAGAAUUUGAUUCUAAUUCAAUUUAUAAUAGUUAUAAUAAUAAUUAUAAUAAUUAUAAUCAACAACAACAACAACAACAACAACAACAACAACCAAAUAAUGAUUUAUCUUUUGAUGAAUUAAAUAAUAGCUAUAAUAAUAAUUAUAAUAAUUAUGAUCAACAGCAACAACAACAACAACUACAACAACAACUACAACAACUACAACAACAACAACAACAACAACAACAACAACAACAACAACAACAACAACAACAACAACAACAACAACAACAACAACAACAACAACAACAACAACAACAACAACAACAACAACAACAACAACAACAACAACAACAACAACAACAACCACAACAACAACAACAACCAAAUAAUGAUGUAUCUUUUGAUCAAUUAAAUAAUAGUAAAGAAAAUUUUAAUAAUAACAAUAAUAUUAUUAAUGAUAGCCAAGAUUACUCAAAACAAAAUGACUCUGAAUUAAACUCUGUUUGUCCUUCAAAUGAAAAUGAAAUUUCAAAAAAUAAAUCAGAAUCAAGUGGAAUGAUAAUUAAUAAUGAACCAUCAAUAGUUCAAACAAAUAACAUUAAUUCAGAAGAAAAUAUUGAAACUCCAUUAAAUAAAGAACAAAAUGAAAAUCAAAAUCAAGAUUUGAAUGAAAACAAGAAUGAAAAAUUUAAUGGUGAUGUAAAUAAAUUAGUUUCUGAUGAAAAUGCAAUAGAAAAUAUCUCUCAAAUUAAUAAUGAUGAUUCAUUGGAUAAUGAUAAUGAAGAAGAAGAAAAUAAUUUCUCUAAUAUGAAUAAAGAUGAAGAAUCUGAAAACUAUAACAAUUUUGGUAUUACUGAUUUAAACAUAAGCUACAAUAGUGUAAAAACUGAAUAUGAAGAUCAAAUUCAUGGUUUAAAAUAUUGUUAUGAUAAAAACAAUUUAAAAUAUGUAAAUUAUAAAAACUCUAAAUUUUAUUUACAAAUUGAAAGUGAUUCAGAUUGUGCAUUAGAAAAUGAAUUUACAAGAAUUGCAUUUGGAAAUAAAAGUACUGAUAUAUCAAAAUUCAAAUUCAAUUCAAAAACAUUUGCAGUUAUGCUUUUAGAUGGAUUUGACCAAUCAAUUGAACCAAAUACAUUACCAGAAACUGUUGAAGGAUUACAUAUUUAUGAUAUAAAGAAACCAUUAGUUGUUGGUUCAAUUCCACCAACUGUUAAAAGAAUUGUAUUUAAUGAAAGUUUUAAUCAAGUUUUAACACCGGGUUUAAUAUCAGAAGGUGUUGAAUUUUUACAUCUUUAUAAUAUUAAAAAACCAUUAGUUGUUGGUUCAAUACCAUCAACUGUAAAGAAUGUAAUUUUAGGUGAUGGUUUUGAUCAUGCUUUAACUCCAGGUAUUCUUCCAGAAGGUGUUGAAAGAUUAUUUUUAUAUGAUAUAAAACAACCUUUAUUAUUUGGUUCAAUUCCAAAAACUGUUAAAAAUAUUACAAUUUUUGAUGGAUUUAAACAAUCACUAGAAUCUUGUGAUAUUUCAAGCCAUGUUAAAGUUAGAAAUAAUUGCCCAAACUAA